GACGUCCUGGGCUCGUCAUCGUCACGGGGCCCCGGUUAGGGCGGCGACGUUCAUAGGAAGUAGGAUGGCCGCCGGAAGUUCCUCCCCCGAAUAAACCGCGGACACUGGCGUAGGUGGUGGGGCCCCGGCGAGAGACAGACAGAGCUCGUUUCGCGCACUCCCGUUUCCUGGCCGGGCCGGUGAAAAGAGCAUAACAGUUUACGGUGUCGUAGCCGCCACUUAAACCCGAUCCUGCCGAGGGACAAGGAAACGAGACGCGAGGCUCGAAUCGCGCGGAUCGAAGUGGCACGUCGCGCACUCCCUGACAUCCUUUUCUUGCGAACGCGCGCGCGCGCGAGCGCGACAUCCUUGUUAAUUAUGCGACCGACCUUGCGAUUCCAGAGAGAAUCGCGUGAACUCCUCCGGAGGACCGUUUCCGUUUGAGUUUUGCGCAAGCUCCUUCGUCGUCCGCCGUAGUGAUCUCAGUUCUUCGAAAUUGUGCUUCGAUAGUGACGCCAGUGCUAUCUUUCGUCGAUUACGGUGGGAAGGGAUAAACGACUAUGUUUGUGGACCCAUUUCGCUGCGAGUUAGCGAAAUCGUCGGAUCGAUCGAUCGUCUACCCCUUAACCACUCGUCGUCCCGCGUUCGUUACGUGUUCGUCGGUGUUCGUGGACAGGUGGGACAGAAUGGUCGGCGGUUGUGCGUUCGGUUGCUGGAAAAGGUGGAUUCACACGCGAUAAGCUCGCCGCUCGUUUGACCACGGCCGGGUGAAAAGAGGAGCAACGAAAGGAAAGUGAUACAAGCAGCGGUCUUCUAUUCGCCGACGCUUCUGCGGUCUGCGCGCGGAGGAAGUGCACGUUUCACCUGUGCAGCGAUCGCAAUGUACACCGACGAUCCAGUCGCGUGGCCCGAGCCAUGCUCGCGCCUGACUCGCGUCGAACUGCUCUGAAAGCGAUCGAUCUUCGAGUGUCCUUACGGUGGUCCAUCGGAAUACGUCGAUGCGAACGCACUGGCACGCUCUUCGGAAAACUUGAAAUCGAUAGAUCGGUAGUCGGCCUCUGAGCAAACACGUGUGAUCUAGAAGCUACGGUGUCCUUGAGGAAAGACGCGCGAUUGCUCGAAGCUCUGGAACAAUUGAGAAAGUGUGCAGGUAACUGUUCGAAAUUCUGGUGUCCUUGGGAAAAUUCAAAAUCGAUGCAAACCCCGUGGAUAUACGGAUAUUCGUCGGAAGCUCUGGCGUCCUAGAGAAAAUUGGAGAACCUGGCGGAUACAUGAAGAAGUAGCACCAUGUAAAUCUGCUGUUUAUGGAAAUCGUGCGAUUUUGAGAGAGCCUGUGCGGUUAGUGAAACGAAAUUGCGCCUUAAAGCGGAGCUAGAGUGAAACGAUCUGGAUUUUCUCUUUCUUUAGUUUGUCCUUUGGAGACUUAAGGUGAAAAAACUUCGUUCAUCUCCAAUAGAAGAAUGAUCGAAUACCGUUCAGCAAAUUAAAGCAUCCCUUGCUCUUCCCUCGGCCACUUCUUCGCGUUCUUGCAACAAGAAUUAACGGAAUGGACAGCAGAGAUCAGGGCAACUGUUUCAAACUAAAAAAAUCUUCCACCUAAAGCAGCAAAGAAUGUUCCUUGCUACCACCGAGAACCGACGCUGCGUUUACUCAAGGAACGGCGAACAUCGUGAGUCAAUUAAUCGCAAAGUUCAAGGAACAUCGAGAAGCGUCUCCGAUCAUCGAGCCAGCAGCUAAAUCAUCGCCCACGACAACACAAUCGAGAGCACCGUUCGGCAAUCUCGACUAGCGCAACGCGCGAGUCAUCUUCUUCCUGCUCGGAGCCCAGUUUCCUCGAACUAGAGACCGGACGCGCGUGGUCAGAUAAAGCAACGCACAGCUCGCGUACCGCAUCCUCGAGCGAAUGACUGUUCUUCCGGCGCCGAAACUGGCGCAGAGUCAUCGGGACUUCCUAUCCCAUCGAGCAUUCGUCGCAACACCAUCGUCGAGGUCGCAGCGACGAUGAUCGUCGGAUAAGAUGCCGUCGAUCGCUGUUGGCUCCUGCGACGGCGACUGCGGCUGCAUGCUCUGUCGCGAGCUGAAAGGCUGCAGGAUGCCGGUCCAAGGAUCAGGGAGUCCUCCGGGCCGUCGUGACGCGGUGAACUUCAUCCUCCGGCGAGGCUUGCCGUUCCGUGCGAGAACACCGUCGAAGGAGUGGCUGGAAACGGAGGAUCCGAGGUUCGCUGGCUACGAAGAUAGCGCCACGCUGGAGGACAAGAGCCCGGGGCCGGAAACGGGCCCGGCAGUGGCCGGCAACGGUCCCAGGAGGACGGACAAAGACGUCGCUCACAAGACGGUGAUUUACUUCGGGGAUUCGAGCCAGCGGCAGAGGGAGAAUAAUAAAAGAGCGGCGACCCAGACGGAAAACGUUCAGCAACAGCACCAGCAGCACCACCAGCAGCCGGUCGUCGUCGUUAAAGAGGACAAGAGGAUGAUCGAGAGGGACGGAGAGGAGGAUCCGGACGGGCGAACGGAGGAUGAGAAACGGUUCGCGAGGAAUAGGAUCGAGAGGCAGCGAUCCACGGUCAGCCUGGUGGAGAACGAGGACGCCAAGGUCACGCACGAAAUCGUGGUGAACGUCAGCCCCAGCAGGGAGGACGUGCUGAGAAUCGAGGAGGACGAGAGCCAGGUCGAGGACUAUUGGUCCUUGCCGGGGGACAACACCGGGUUCAAGGCGGACUGGAGCUUUGUGCAGCAAUGGCGCCUGAGGGGGCCAGGGGGUAGCAAUGGACGCGACCUGUAUUGUCCCCCCUACACGAAGGACUUCACGGAGAGUUCGCCGAAGAAUGGUGUCCAUAACACGGUCCACAUGGUGGCCGAAAGGGACACGGACAGCGUGGCUCCUACGCCAACCCCUCAGCACCCCCAUCACUCUCAGCACCAUCACCUUAGCUUGCACGAGAUCCGAGCGCUUCAGAGGCGACCAGAAUGCACAGGUAAUAGCUCGUCGGAUGAGAAUCGGUCGUCCGGGCACGCGAGCAUGUCGGACACAGGCGGUCACACGAGUAGCAGUUCGCCUCCGCAUCGUCACCACAGGACACAUAGUCCUCAGCAGCUGAACUCUGUGCCCGAAGACGAUCGCCUAUCGGCCUCGGUUACCCAGAGAAAUGGCAGAAGCAGAUCCGGACAGAACCGCAACAGACACAGAGCCACGCCUGCCAAGUUGCAGGUGCCAUGGUCAGGCUCAGGCUUAGAGGACAUCAAGCUAGCGAUCCAGCAGCUGACAAUGCGCUCCCAUAAGUCGUCCUCCACUUACUCCUCCUUGAGCGGCUCCGAGAGUUCAGAGCCAGCCGUAAGGAGGCUGAUGCGGCAUUCCAGCUUGGAGACCAUCAACACCAAUGUGACCAGCGCCGAUGAAUUCGUCUGGGUGGACUCGCACAACAGACUGGUAGAGCUGCAGCAGUUACCUUGGACCCACCACGAUGUUCUCAGAGUGUUGCAGAAUGGCAGAACCAGGGAACACAUGGACCAAGUGUCCAUGGAGACCAUACCGCGGUUGUCUUAUCUGUUGCAACGAGCCUUGGUCAGAAUUGGCAGAGAAACUCAACGACUGGCCAAACCUGUCGGCCUCUGCAGCAAGCACGAGGUGUACAGCGCGUUCAAAAUUGUUCUGUGUCCUGCCUUGGCUGAUUCUUGCACCAAGGCCUGCUUGCGAGCCGCAGCCAUGUUUGCAGUCUCCGGCGACCAAUUAAAACAAUCAAAAGCGUCCCGAUCAGGAUUGCAGUUGCCAGUGGGACGUUUCCUCCGCUGGAUGUCAGACGUCCGGUUAGGAAGAAUGAUACACGAGUACGCAGCCAUAUAUUUGACCGCCGGGAUCGAAAAUCUACUCGAGGAAAUACUGUUACAAUGCAUACCGACUGACCCGCACACAACCUUAACGGCGACCAUGCUGGAGCACGCCAUUGCGAACAGCGGAGAUUUAUGGGGCCUUCUUCAGCCGUACGCGCAUCUGAAUGCUGGACGGACAGCGUCAGGUGCACUGGCGAUGCCUCGAUGGGCCAGCGUGAGUUCCUUGAACUCAUCAUCAUCAUCCCGGAGCGGAAGAGACGCAGCAGGCUCUGCGUUGGAACCGUCGCUGUUGACCACCUGCGUGGGAUCGAUGUCGGAGCUGAUAGAUCUGAUUUCGAAAGUAGCCCAAGCGGGACGUUCACCCAUUCCCCUAACCGGCAAGGCAUUGAACGCAUUGUUCUAUUACAUGAGGUGUUCGCAGCUGGAACACGGGGAACGGGGAUCUGGGAUACAAGAGCUGGCAUACGAGCGAGCUUAUGUUGUUCUUCCUCCUCUGGUCGAAUGGCUUCGUGUUGCGACUGCUCAUGCAGAACAUAGGCACGGACUCGUUGUAGAUCAGGACGAUAUUAAUCAAGCUGCCAGGUUGCUGUUGCCCGGUGUCGACUGCCCCGUCAGACCCAUAUGCUUCGAAGAAGUAGCGGUCUGUUCCAAACGAAUCGACGACUCCGAGUACGUGCGUCUUCUCACAAUGGACAUGGCGUUCAAGCUACUAAUUAGUGGACGAGCUGACCUGAUCGCCCAAGCUAUGCCCCUGUUGCCAUCGACCAAGAUUAACACUGUAAACGACAACGGUUUCACUGCAUUGAUCAUAGCAUGCAUCAAUGGCGAUGAAACAGCAGUGCUAGCUUUACUAGACGCUGGAGCAGAUUUGAACAUAGAGAGUCCACCUCCAACAACUGGUCAAUUGGCCAACACACCUUCUAAGAUGCCAACAGUGCCAGGUGUCUCGAAUACCAGAAGUCCGGUGACACCAUCAGCAAUGCUGUCUCCAGGGAAAAAUUUACAAUCACCAAAUUCAUUGUCUGGCUCGCCAGGCUCUUCUAGCAGUGCUUCGAGUAAUAUGUGUUGUAAUCAAGCUGGGUUUAACGCUGAGACUCAGCAUUGGACUGCGUUGACUUACACAGCUCUGUUGGGGCACUGUAAUAUUGCAAGAAUAUUGUUGGAAAGAGGUGCUGCAGUCGAAGGUGGUGCUAAACUCAGCGAAGAUAAAUGUACGGUUACGCCAUUGCAAGCGGCUACGGCUUCCGGUAACAACGAAAUGGUAGCGUUGCUUUUGGCUCACGGUGCUCAACCAUUUUUGUCGACGUUGAUCAAAGACUCGUUCUCGUACUCUGGUUCUGCUCAGCGCGGCUGCUACAGUGCAAUAUCAGUGGCAACAGCACACGGUCAGAGGAGUUGUCUUCAUCAGUUGUUGUCCCAUCCGCUAAACUUCUCCACGAAACGAGGAGAAAAAGAAGUAUUAUCAUUGGAGGAGAUCCUUGCAGAGGGAAGCGCAUGUACAAAUCCGCAGCAGCAGACUGUGGAUGGAAGAGGGAACCGAAGAGAGGGUAAGGAACCAGUUUUCAACAAAGUGCAGACCAAAGCUUUGCAGGAAGCUAUGUACCACAGUGCAGAAAGUAACCAUUUAGAUAUCACCAUGGAACUUCGUGGACUGAAAGUCGGUUGGACAUUGCACUGUUGGAUGCACAGUCUUGCAACGGCCCACGAAAUGAGAUUAGAUUCCGUGAUAGAUCAGCUGCUUCAAGAUUUUCUACAAGUGUGUCCUGAUGACUACUCGACGCAAUUUGUUCAAGAAUGUCUUCCAUUAUUAUUCAACAUCUUUAGGUACAGCAAGAAGGAAGGGACGACGCUCCUUCUUGCCGACAUCUUCUGCACAUGCUUUGGAUGGGAACCAAUAAAACCAAUAAGGGACACCACCCUCUCUAGUGGAUCAAGAAUCGAUCCUAAAUUUGUAAAUAAUCCAGAACUGAGCGAUGUACAGUUCCGAGUGGAAGGUAGAGUCUUCUAUGGCCAUAAAAUUGUUUUGGUCACGUCGUCGCCAAGAUUUAGAAACAUGCUAAGUUCGAAACUAUGCGAGGGAAAUCCCCCUAUUGUACAAAUUAAUGAUAUCCGGUAUCACAUCUUUCAGAUGGUCAUGGAAUUCUUGUAUCAUGGCGGAUGCGCUACGUUAGAAGUGAAUCAGAGUGAUGUGUUAGAACUGAUGGCGGCUGCAAACUUUUUUCAACUCGAUGGUUUGCUUAGGUACUGCGAGGCUCAAUGUUCCUCCAUGGUUGAUCUUGACAACAUUGUGUCCAUGUACAUUCAUGCGAAGGUCUAUAAUGCAACACAGCUCUUAGAGUACUGUCAAGGAUUCCUUUUGCAAAAUAUGGUUGCAUUGUUAACCUACGACGACUCUGUGAAACGUCUCCUCUUUGCUAAAAAACUUCCUAAUCACGAUGUUCUUGCAGGCCUGCUUCUUACUUUACAAGCGCGAAUAAAGGCCAGACGAUCUCAGCAACAGAAUAAGAUAAAAACAUAGAGGUAUAUUAGUUUUUACUUAUGAUAUAAAAAGUAUUAAACGGAAAUUGUUUCAUUUCAUCUGCUUCGAAAAUGAUCAUUAAUAUAUUAUGUUCAAUGACGCCACUAACAAGAAAGAAUGAUACGUACAUAACUCAAUUAAGACUGAACGUUCAUUGAUCUGUUUGUAAAAUCGUAUACAUAUAAUUAUCAUUCACGAUAUACAAGGGUGCAUAGAACUUUAUGCUUACACAUGAACAAAAUAUGUAUUUGUUUUCUCCAUGUUGUAUAGUAUUUUAUAACAUAGUUUUACAAUUAUUCGGCACUGCCUCGGUUCCGAAUAUACCGGAUAAUUGGAAUUUUUCUGUAUUUCAAUUUCUUUCAUCAGGGAAAUUUAACGGCUAAAAAACAUUUUGAGGGUGUAGAAAUGUCCUCAUCCCUUUCCUCCCUUCUUAGAAAAGCCUAAAUAAUUCAGUAAUAAUAGCAUGAAAUCUAUUAAUUACAAAUUUAACUGACAAUCCUGAAGAAGUUUAUCAUAAAGUACAAUUCUUCAGCUUGAAAUGAAUUUUAAAAAGUUAUUGCUCUUUUAAUACGAUAGUGGCGAUACUUGUGGCAGAAUCAAGAAGCUUUUCUGCAGCCUCUGUACAGCGCCAUUUAGAUGGUGGCAAAACGCUCAAACUACUAGCCAAACAGUAGCACCUCUUGUGGCGAAAUAUAAAAAGUCCGUUCAAGGUCCAUAUAGCCCUAAUUAGUAAGUGGCAAAACGCUAGAACUGCUGACCAAAAUGAGCUUCCACAUCUCGUCACAAGAGACGCCACUGUUUGCCUAGUAGUUUGAGCGUCUUGCCAUUUAUUUAUUGGCGCUGUACGGACCCAAAUCAGAGGUUCUUGAUUCCGCUACAGGAAGCACCACUGUUACCCAAUCAGCAAUCGAUCGUGCCGAAUUUUAUACAUCUUAUGACAAGAACGGCAAGAAUCAUUUGUCCUCGAUAUUUGCAAUAAUAUAUAAAAUGUUUUUACAUAGUAUAAAUGCAAGAAAUUCUUCUGAACAUUUCUCUACCCUCAAAAUGUUUUUUGUCCUCUAAAUUGAUAGAUUUCAUGCUAUUUUUCUUAUAGCAAAAAUCUCUUUUAGCUGUAACAAACAUUCGAUAUUUGCAAUAAUAAAUAGACUUAUAUGGCAUAA